AUGAUCUUCAAUCAUAGAAGCAAAGUCAGAAUUAGAAGUCCAUUUCAAAAUCACCAAGUAUCAGAUGUAUCUUUUGCUGAUGAUGUAAAUCUAUUGAUUAACAAUAGAAAAGAACUAAACUCAGCUUUGAAAAAUUUCAAAGAUUAUGAAGAAAUUUCCAACAUGAAAAUAAACUUGAAAAAAAGCAACUUGAUUCUUAUAAAGGAACAAUGUGAUUAUGAAGAUGAAUACGAGGAUUGUCCAUUAAACGUUAUUAAAAUGAAGUUUGCAAAAGAUAUAAAGUUUCUAGGUAUGCCAUUUAAUGGUGAGAGUAACUGGGAAGAAACUUUAAGAAAAUUCAAAGACAACUAUGGUUUCCAUUAUUGA